AAGCGCGUGAGCAGUGACGUCAUCAGCUGCUGUUUAUUCCUAAAUUUAAGUAUUUCGGGGUCGGCGUGGAGGCAGGAGUACGUGUCCGUUUAGAAGCAAAAGCUGUUUAGCGACCGCCAACAGAACUGGCUACAGGAAUGGCGGCUGCAGCUGCUGGUGGUGGUGUUGGACUUGCGGUAUCUACAGGAUUGGAGGCAGCAACGCUGCAGAAGCUGGCGCUUCGGCGGAAGAAGGUGCUGGGGGCUGAGGAGAUGGAGCUGUACGAACUAGCGCAGGCUGCAGGCGCCGCCAUCGACCCGGAUGUGUUCAAGAUCCUGGUGGACUUGCUGAAUCUGAACGUGGCUCCCCUUGCCGUCUUCCAGAUGCUGAAGUCCAUGUGUGCUGGGCAGCGGCUGGCAAGCGAUCCCCAAGACUCGGUGUCCAUAUCUCUGCCCACAUCCACAUCAGAGACCCGAGGAAGAACCCGAGGUGGCCCCAUUCUUGGCAAUGUGACUAUAGCAGCAGAACGUGGAAGUCGUGAAAGACCCAUCCAGAGGAUGCCACGCCAGCCCAGUGCUACUAGGCUGCCCAAGGUGGGAGGACCUGGAAAAAGUAACUCCCGAAGCAGCCCAUAGGCUAUAACAAAGACUGCGCUUGACACACGGUCGUCAAGGCAGAUGGUGUCCACCUCUUCACUUCCUUAAACCCUUCUGAGAAGCUGAAUAUCUGUAGCUUUUUGAUACUAUUAAAAGAUGUGGAGUGAGUUCUA